AUGCUUCACAGCAAAAUGUUCGCGGUGGCCGCAGCCGCUUUGUUGGUUUGUGUAGAGACCGUUACUGCUGGUCUACCUCUCUGUGUCGCCAAUAGAUGUCCUAAGAAGAGAGCAUUAUUUGGUGAUAUCGGAAAGAACGACCUUUUGCCUAGACAAGCCGACCCAUAUGCAACUAUCUACCCUUUGACACCAAUUCCUUUCUGGGCAGCUUUACCAUUCUCCUCCUGUGGUGGAACUACAACAGUAGGAGGAAUAGCAACAAAAACCAUCUGUCCUCUUGAGUUCUACUGUCACUGCCAUAGCGGUGGUAGCAGCCUCUGCCUUCCAACAUCGACCGUCGGGCCUGCAUCGAUUACCACUUGUUCACCAUAUUCUGGAGUGACAACUUGCUCACAAUGUGAAUUCUACUGGCAAACCACACUCACCAACAUGGCCACGGCUUACCAACAGUGUGGUGGUUAUUCAGACGGUAUUAUCACACAAGCCUGGGACGUGCAAACGCUCUGCCCCGUCAACUACAGAUGUAACCCACUCAACUUUUGGUACAGCCAAUGUACUCCAGUCACUGCAUCGCAGACUCCUAUCAGUCCAAGGCAGUACUGGGCCUGUGCAUCCCAAAGCUACUCUUAUGCCACUGCUCAAGGCGACCGAUGUGGUGGUCAUUGCUUUAAGGCCAAUGGUAAAGUCGAUGGUAUCUGUCCAAAUGGCAUGAAAUGUUGGACAAAGACAUAUACAAACCCUGGAUAUGACGCGUACUGCUAUUCCACGACGCCAACACCAACCAGCCUUUGGCGUACCAAUCUUUGUUACCCAAUUCCCUAUGAUUUCGUUGCAACCUCAGCUCCAGUUUGCACACCCCAAACCGGUGCCACUCAAACCCCAUAUGGUCAAUGUUAUGGUGCUACUGUCAACGCAGCCGGCAGCUCUAUCAGUUGGAGCGGUCCCUCAAAUUGCCCAUGCGGAUACCAGUGCACUACCUACAAUCCUUCUUAUGGUAUCUGUAACAAUAUCCCCAAUCUCCCAACUAGCGCCUGCAAUACAGUCGGAGCUGGUACUCAAACAUUGUAUGGUCGUUGCGGUGGCAGCACAUAUGUCAAUGGAAGCGUUUCCUCGUGGAACUCGCCUACACUCUGCCCAGCCGGUGCAAGCUGCGUUACUGACGAUGGUGGUUGGUAUGCUCAGUGCAGACCCGUUGCUAAGAACCGCAGAAGGUCCCCUAGCCCAGCCGCUGCACCAGCCCCCCUCCCAGUUGCCAAUGCUGCUGCGCUCCCUACUGCGGCUGCUGAAUUUGCUGAAAAGUAUGAGGGUGCUCGACCAGCCUCGAAACCCAGAUAUCUCUAA